GCGGCGUGGGCAGAGCCCGAAGCAUGCCCUUGCCUCCGCGGGAGGCUUCCCUGAGGCCGCGCUGGUGGCUGGCGGCGCUGCGGCGGGUGAGCGGCUAAAGCGGGCUCGGGGCUCCCUCUCUAAUCUCCAAAGCCGCCUUGAGCCGCCGGCCGGGGCAUCGGCCAUGGAAGACGGUGCCCUCCCCGACCUCCGCGACGUGGAGCUCAAGCUGGGGCGCAAAGUCCCCGAGAGCCUGGCGCGCUCCUUGCGAGGGGAGAAGGACAAGGAGAAGGAGCCCCACGGCAAGGAGGGCGGCUUCUCCUCCUCCUCCUCCUCCUCCUGCUUCUCCUCCUCCGCCAAAGCCGCCCUUCACUGCAGCUCCUCCACCGCCUUGGAGAGACUCGAGAUGAAGCUCUACCUCCUCCGGCAAGAAAUGAUUGAUCUCCGAGCCACAGAUGUCAAGCUCAUGCGGCAACUAUUGAUCAUCAAUGAAAGCAUUGAAUCCAUCAAGUGGAUGAUUGAAGAGAAAGGAGCUGUGGCCAGUCGGGGAAGCAGCCUGAGUGGCAGCCUCUGCAGUUUACUAGAGAGCCAGGAAACCUCACUCCGAGGAAGCUACAACAGUUUGCAGGACUGCAGUGAUGGAUUGGAUGGGAUAUCUGUGGGGAGUUACCUGGAUACUUUGGCAGAUGAUGUCCCAGGACAGCGUACUCCUUCAGACAUGGAUCAGUUCAGUGACUCUUCCCUAAUAGAUGACUCACAGUCCCUACAUAAACAUUCAAAGAUUGAGUCGGACGAGUACUACUGUUUUGGUUAAUAAAAUGAAACUAUGGGGUAAGGGGAUACAUGUGCACUUGUAUUUAUGUUUUUUCUAUGCUGCUAUUUUGUUUUAAGCAUUUAAAAGCACCUUUGUAAAAGAUAAUGUAUUUUAAAUCUGCUUUUUUCGCUCGGUGUGCUCCUUCUUUCUUUGGGCCCUUCCACACAGGAUUUGGAUUUAAGAAAUCCGGUUUGCUUUGGAGUGCCUACACAGAAACCCCUUGAACUUGUUCAAAGAUGCAACAGAGUAUACAAAGCUGUACUGAUCGUGAAUUGAACUGAAUCUAGGAUUGAUGUUUUUUAGCUUCUCUGGCAAAAAGUGCUGGCUGAAAACAGUUUACUUGGCUUAAAGCAGAGCAAGCUGAGUCAUUGAAAGCCAGCAUUCACAUAGGAACACUGUCCUUUCCUUGCAGGAGGGAAGGCAUUUUUUACCUUCAAGCCGAGCUCUUAAUUCGGCUUCUGCCUGUGAUUCCUGCAGUUUAACCCUGUCUUGAAGAGCGCUCUAAAUGUCUCUUCUGCUUGAUAGCACUGCACUGUUUAUACAGUGAUCAGCACAUUUUAUGGUAGGAUCCCAAAUUUCCAGUAAGUUUCUUUAACACAGUUUCCAGAUGGAUGUGGGUUGGAGGUUGCAUUGGGGGUGAAUGUUUUAGAGGGACCCCACUCUUGAGCCAGCUUCAAGCCAGAUUAUUCUGCCCGUGUGGAUCGGGCCUUUGUCUGUUUCUAUAUCUCAGUUUCUAGAUUCCCCUGCCAUCUUAAUUUAUUGCUGUUAGAAUAUUCUCCCCCUUUUAUAAUAUCACUUUUGAUGAUUUUAAAAAUGAAAUAAAUAUGAGGAAAAUUAACUUUUAUCUUCAAUACGAAGUAUGGGGAUGAACUAUUGAAUUCUAAAUUUGACUGACAAUAAAACAUUUUUGAUUA